AUGAUAAGUGGUCCUACAAAAGUUAAUCAGUACUUCCUCCAUUCCACAAUGAGUGAGUCAGUUGACUGCGUCACGCAUGCCACUACAUUACUUUGACGAUUAAUAUUUUUAGGAACAGCAGACACAUUCUGGAGUAUUUAUUAGACCCAUCAUGUACAAAAUUUUCCUAAUACAUCAAAAUUAUAGUUCACAUUUCAAUUCAGUAGCAGCAGCCAUGGAUUUACCUUAUCCUUUGCACAUAGCAAUGUUUCCAUGGUUUGCUAUGGGACACUUUACCCCAUAUCUUCACUUCUCCAACAAAUUAGCAAUAAGAGGUCACAAAAUCUCAUUCUUCAUCCCUAAAAACACAAUCAACAAGUUACAACAUCUAAACCUUCAUCCAAAUCUUAUCACCUUUUUUCCUAUCACAGUUCCUCAUGUUGAUGGCCUUCAACAUGGUGCUGAAACAUCUUCAGAUGUACCCUUUUCUUUAGUCCAUCUUAUUGCUACUGCCAUGGAUCAAACUGAGAAACAAAUUGAAUUUCUUCUAAGGGAACUAAAACCAGAUAUAGUUUUCUUUGAUUUUCAAUAUUGGCUACCAAACAUAGCAAGAAACCUUGGCAUCAAAAGUCUCCAAUACAUGAUAUUGAGUCCACUAUUACAAGCUUAUGUUGGAAAUAUACCAAGAAAGAGCCAGGGAAAAGUGUUAACUGAGUUUGAUCUUAUGAAACCACCUUCAGGGUUCCCUGAUUCAUGCAUCAAGUUACACUCACACGAACUUCGAUUUCUACUUUCGACAAGGAAGCUAGAAUUCGGUAGUGGUGUUUUAUUAUUAGAUCGCAUCGACACAGGCACAGAGUUUGCAGAUGCAGUUGCUUUCAAAGGUUGCAAAGAAAUUGAUGGUUCAUAUGCAGAUUAUCUUCAAACUGUUUAUGGAAAACCUGUUCUGCUUUCAGGUCCUCUCUUACCUGAACCUCCAAAAACUACUUUAGAGGAAAAAUGGGUUUCAUGGCUUAAUGGAUUCAAACAUGGUUCUGUGAUUUUUUGUGCAUAUGGAAGUGAAGGUCCAUUAGAAACAAAUCAAUUUCAAGAGUUGUUGCUUGGUAUUGAAUUAACAGGUUUUCCAUUUCUUGCUGCACUUAAGCCACCUAUCGGAUUCGAUUCUAUUGAAGAAGCCUUACCUGAAGGGUUCAAUGAAAGAGUUAAAGGAAAAGGAAUUGUUUAUGGAAGUUGGAUUCAACAACAGUUGAUUUUAGAACACCCUUCUGUUGGAUGUUUCAUAACACAUUGUGGAUCUUCUUCUAUAACUGAGGGACUUGUUAAUACAUGUCAGUUGGUGUUGCUGUCACGUGUAGGUUCCGAUCAUAUCUUUAAUGCAAUAAUGAUGAGUAAAAUAUUGAAGGUUGGUGUGGAAGUUGAGAAAGGUGAAGAAGAUGGAUUGUUUACAAAAGAAAGUGUGUGCAAAGCUGUGAGAAUUGUUAUGGAUGAUGAGAAUGAGGUUGGAAGAGAAGUGAGAGCAAAUCAUGGCAAAAUGAGAAACUUCCUACUUAGCAACAACUUAGAAUCUUCAUGUGUUGAUAGUUUCUGUCAAAAACUUUAUGAUUUAUUGUAGCUAGCAUUUUCAGUUACAAUAAUAAUAAUGAAUCUUGUUAAUUCAGUUUGCUUUAUGAAUAAGAAUGAUUUAGAA